GUUCAAGAUCCAACCGUUUAUGUUGUAAAUCUGCCGUACUCUGUUCGCUUAGAAACAUUUGUUUCCCGAACGCAGCCCGAGCUCUUCCGUUGUGCGUACCGUGUGGACACCGACAACCUUGGAUUAGUAAACGAGUGAACACGAGCGGUUUAUGAAUCCUCUCAGUUAUAUUACAGUGUUUAUUUUAAAUAUAUAAAUCUUUAUUCUAACUAAACGGAGCACUGAAGCCGGUGUAACAUCCCUCUUCCUCCUCCUCUUCAUCUUUCCGGUUCAACAUGGUGACAGUAAGUGUCACCUGAAGCCCUCACACAGUGAAGCUUAUGUUCAUUCAUGCUCUGACUUGUCCGUAUCACCGCUGAGAUGUCUUUGCAGAAGAUCACACGUCUCCCCUCAGCGAGGCUGCUGACCUCCAUCCACCUCCUCCAGCACCAGCAGCUGCUCCUGCCCUCCAUCCCUCCUCGCUCUGCGCCCAGACGAGCUGUGACCCAGGGUGAAUACAGACGACCCGGCCAGCCCAAAGAAGACAAGCUCCCGUGGCAGAACGUGAACUUUGACCUCUGGAAGGGUCUGGGCGGGAUAAAGAAACAUUUCACUCUGCUGAAAAAAGAGUUUUUUGAACGCUGGGUGGGUCCGGAGGGCAAACCCAUCCUGGAGCACAUGUUGGAGCAGAACCGGUUGGUGUGGGAGUUCAGGGGUCCGGAGAGCCUGGAGGAGUGGGUCGUGUCCUCGGAUAAGGAGAUCGGAGGUCAUAGUGAGGCUUACUUAAAGCUCGGCAAAAACAAUAACACUUGUUUUCUUUACGGGACUCUGAGCUCCACGCCGCCGAGGGACGGAGAGACACGCUACAGUGGCUACUGCAGCAUGCGCUCAAAACAACCGCUGGCUUCAUUCGACAGGAAGAAGCAUCACGACUGGACCAGUUUCAACACCCUGCACUUGCGAGUGCGAGGCGACGGGCGGCCCUGGAUGAUCAAUCUCGCCACAGAAACGUACUUCUCGCACCAGAAGGACGAUGUGUACUGUUACUUCCUGUACACGAGGGGGGGGCCGUACUGGCAGGAUGUGAAGAUCCCGUUCUCCAAGUUCUUCCUCACACAUCGAGGGCGGUUACAAGACGACCAGCACCACGCCUGGCUGGACAAGGUAAACACGGUCGGCUUCACUCUGGGGGACAAAGCGGACGGCCCCUUCCAGCUGGAGAUCGAUUACAUCGGCGUGUGCAAAGAUUUCGCUCACACCGAGGAGUUCGCCUACGAGAUGUACAAGAAGAAUCCAGAAGUUUGAGAGGAACUCCUUCAGUGCUGGACCUGGACUGUGUUCUUAAAUAUCAGCUGACAAUAAAUACAUGCAACACCUUCUCUAAGACGGACAGUUUCACUCCA